CCAUAUACCGCCGCUUUACGCGCAACACCCCUCCUCCUCCUCCUCACAAAUAAACGCGCGACAAAAAGGUCCAUCGCGGUCUUUUACCUCAGGAUCCUCUUUACCCACUUCUUUGUUUAUCAUCGCUUCACGUCUUCAAGACAUAUUAUCACACACACGAUACACGUCGCGUCGCUGUUGCUACGAUGGGAGAAUCUAGGCAAGAACUUGUGGCAUGGCUCAACAGCCUGCUGCAGCUGAAUGUCACCAAGGUUGAACAGUGCGGUACUGGAGCAGCUCUGUGCCAGAUCUUCGACAGCAUCUAUCUUGAUAUCCCAAUGGCCCGCGUCAAGUUCAACGUCAACACCGAAUAUGCCUACCUGCAAAACUUCAAGAUCUUGCAAAACUGCUUCACCAAACACCAAGUCGACCGCAUCAUCCCCGUCGAGUCCCUGAUCAAAUGCAAAAUGCAAGACAACCUCGAGUUCCUGCAAUGGUCCAAGCGCUACUGGGACCAGUACUUCCCCGGCGGUGACUACGACGCCGUCUCGCGCCGUCGCGGCUCCGGUGCUCCCCCCGCUGCCGCACCCGCCUCACGCACCUCCGCCGGAUCCGCAGCUGCCCGUCGUGGCGGCACCACGCCGACGACUGGAGGCGCCCGUAUCGGCGCUGGCAAGGUUGGCGGUGGCCCUGGAUCAGCGGCGCUGCAGGCUGAGAACAAUACGCUGAAGGAGACCGUGCAGGGGUUGGAGAGGGAGAGGGAUUUCUACUUCUCGAAGCUGAGGGAUAUUGAGUUGUUGAUCCAGCAGGCGGUUGAGGAGGACCCGGAGAUCGAGAAGCAGGAGGAUGGCCUUAUCAAGCAUAUCCAGACUAUUCUGUACAGCACGGAGGACGGGUUUGAGAUCCCGGCGGAGGGAGAGGGGUUGGAUGAUCAAGAGACUUUUUAAAAGAGGGGUUGUCUUAUCUUCGAGGGAAGGGGGAGCGAUACCACAUAUAUGUUUGAGGUAAUGAGGUGGAGAUAUCUGGAAUAGGAGGUCACGAAGUACGAAGUACAUGAAUCAAGAGGAGGCGGCAUGGCUAUUCAGACAUGAAUGCUUUCGCGCGCAUAAAAGGAACGGCAACUACUAUCAUAGAUUGCGCAGACGCAUACUUGAUUAAAUGAGUGUUUGGUACCUUAAA